GGUUAGCGUCAUCAGUGCGCGCCGCACGGCCCUGGUGCCGCUGUCGGGGAGUUGUUCGUGAGGAGCGCGGAGGCGUCUCUCUCCUCCCUCAGCGCCAUGGCUGAGGUCAAGGUGAAGCCCGAGGUCCCGGACCCGCUGGACGUAGAGAACAGGAUCAUCGAGCUCUGCCAUCAGUUUCCCCACGGCAUCACGGAUCAGGUGAUCCAGAACGAGAUGCCCCACACAGACGCCCAGCAGCGGGCCAUGGCCAUCAACCGGCUGCUCUCCAUGGGACAGUUGGACCUUCUCAGGAGCAAUGCAGGUCUUCUCUACAGAGUCAAAGAUUCUCAAAAUACUAGUAAAAUGAAGGGAUCUGACAACCAAGAGAAGCUGGUCUAUCAAAUUAUAGAGGAUGCAGGCAACAAAGGUAUUUGGAGCAGGGAUAUUAGAUACAAAAGUAAUCUGCCUUUAACAGAAAUCAACAAGAUACUGAAAAACUUGGAGAGCAAAAAACUCAUUAAAGCUGUUAAGUCCGUGGCGGCCUCAAAGAAGAAAGUGUACAUGUUAUACAACCUACAGCCUGACCGGUCUGUGACUGGUGGGGCAUGGUACAGCGACCAAGACUUUGAGUCUGAAUUUGUGGAAGUACUAAACCAACAGUGUUUUAAAUUCUUACAGUCCAAGGCAGAAGCAGCUCGAGAAAGCAAACAGAACCCUAUGAUACAGAGAAACAGUUCUUUUGCUUCAUCCCACGAGGUGUGGAAAUACAUUUGUGAGUUGGGGAUCAGCAAGGUGGAACUGUCAAUGGAGGACAUUGAAACCAUUUUAAACACACUCAUCUAUGAUGGAAAGGUGGAGAUGACCAUCAUUGCUGCAAAGGAAGGGACAGUGGGCAGUGUGGACGGACAAAUGAAACUGUACAGAGCUGUCAAUCCUAUCAUACAACCUACUGGACUGGUUCGAACCCCUUGUGGUCUCUGCCCAGUUUUUGAUGAUUGCCAUGAAGGUGGUGAAAUUUCCCCAUCAAACUGUAUUUAUAUGACAGAAUGGCUAGAAUUUUAGUAGCAGAAUAAAAACUAUGAACUGUGUCCACACUUCGCAGCCUAAGUUGGUGAUCCAACUUGUUUUUUUUUAACCCUGGAUGAUGAUUUUUUUUGUAAGCGACUUCAAGAUAUGAAGUUCAUUUGUUUUUAAACACAUGAAGAAGCAACAUAUUUGUUUGUUAGCAGCUGUGACCGAGGACUAAAAGCCAUGAACUACUUAAGAUCAAGUUACUGAUAGAAACCUAGACCUGUUGCUGCACAAAAAAUGGAGGAACACUUGUGUGACAGAUGCCACAAAUGGUUCUGGAGUAUUAUAAAAUCCUGAGGGUUUCUGUACAGCACUCUGCCAUAAGCUUGAAAAUGAGUCAUUUGCUUUAACAUUGAUAAAGGAUAUGAGUCCUAAAUUUUGUCUUCAGACAAGUAAUACUGAAGAAGAAAGUCUCAGUCUGAAAGGCAGCACCUUACUCCAGGGAUAGCCUAAGUCUGGCUGGGGGCUGAAAUUGUAAUACCACAACUGUUCUAAGCGGGUGGUCCAGCAUCACUAACUGAUUCCUUCUCAUCCUCCUUUCACCUUGAGGUUAAUUAAACUCUCUUUGACUAACCUCUUCUACAUGGGCUUGUUUUCUCCCUUCCUGCUAUUGCACCAUAAUCUGCUGAUGGGUACCUGGUGCUUAGCUUUCUGUGCCACUUGGCAAACAACCGUAAAAAGCUUUAUGUUAGUCUGUUUCAAUCUCAUCUGAUGGCUAAAUUGUGCAACUGGGGUAUGGGGCAAAGUAUUCAAAUACAUUACUUUAAGGAAUAAAGGUACCUCUGGAAGAGAGAAAUCCCUGCUGUCUGUUAGCUACAGUAUUUUUCAUGGAUGAUGUGAAAACUCUUGCUACUGUUGUGCUGUCCAUUAAUCAGUUCUCUUAGCUUUGUUUUGUGGUUUAAGGGAGAAAUCUGUUAUCAAUACAUUGUCAAAACCUGUUGUUCUCUUUCUUUCUUGUGGAUUGGAAGCCCUGUGAAAACUUUAUCUUUGCAUUCCUUCCCUUCUUCUCUGAUGCUACGUUGAGAAUAUAAUUUAUCAAUAGCCUGUGUUCAUCUGUUCCUUUUGUGGACUGCAUUGUCUUGACCUGUAUGCUGGCUGAUAGACAUUAGUUAGCUUAUUGUGAACAGAGCUUAUUGUGAACAGAUCUGUGCCAGAUCUUGAGUUGCAGGUAUUUUUCUGACAAAGAUUCAGAUGAUCAUGUGCAACUUAAGGCUAUGAACACUCAUUUUUUGUGCUGCUUCAUCACCCUAGUUGAGUAUAUGAGCUUGUUAUCACUCGUGCCCCAUGGUGAUUAAACAACUACUCAGGAAAAGACAUCUCUUUGUUUGCAAAAGUAUUGCAGUGUUUAGUAUACAUGUUAGAAAAGUGAGGGUGGCAUGUCUAGUUUAGGCUAGAAGUUUUAACCCUCUGGUUAGUUCAAAUCAAGCUAGACUAAUAGUGACCAAAACUCAUCUGGAAGGUGGUCUUGGAGGCAAUCUUCAUACUUAGCAGGGGUCCAGAUCUUGCUUGGUAGCAGUCCGGGGUAAAAAAAAGGCCAAGGACUCGAAUUGGGCUGGAAGUAUCCCUUUUGCUGCUCCAAGCUUCCUGUUGGAACAGGCCAUUAAAGAGGAAGUUUGCAUGAGCUGUCUGUUUUAUAGAUAAAGAGUGUUUCUUCCCUACCACAAUCAUUGCAACAAUAAAUUAACAAUAUAAAGAAAUGA